AUGGCCUCAACACCGUGCCAGGUCGAGCUCCUCCAGCAGAACUCCUUCGCACGUUGCACCCUCGGCAAGACCUUUGGCUGCACGGGCGCCUCUUCCAUUUGGGUCGCCAACUGCCGCGGCCGCUUCCGCUGCGGUCCGAACGGCGUGCCCUUCCGAUGCGGCUUCCCUCCUGGUGCGGCGAAGUACUCGUGCCGCUGCUCGGGCGCUCGUCGGGCCCACACUCCGCUCCAGCUCACCGCGGAUGACUUCCGCUCGCUCUCGCCCUACUUUCACACGGCGGACGCCGACCGCCUCGUCGCGAGCGAGACGACGCCGCGAUUCUCAAACACGAGCGAGGUGCGCGAGUGGCAGCGCCUCACGCGCGCGCGCCUGCGAGGAGUCUGGACCACGGACAGGCCUCACGCCUCGUGCGCCGUCGUCGGCUCGUCGGCGGCGCUGCUGGCCCGGCGUCUCGGCUCUGAGAUCGACUCGCACGCGCUCGUCAUCCGGGCCAACCAGGCGUGCUACUGCUGGCGCAGCAUCGCCACUGACGCCGACCCGCGAUUCCACCCGUCAGCGUGGCGGCGCGCGCAGCGGCUGAUUCACGUGAACCACACGCGCUGCGCCCGCGUCGGCUGCUACCCGUCGACAGGUGCGAUGGCGGUGCUCUACGCCAUCGACAACUGCCGCCGAGUCACCGUGUACGGGUUCGGGUCCAACGAGGCGCAGAGGAUGCACCUUCUCGCAACCUUCCUGCAGGUGGCGUCGGGCAAGCUCGCCCGCCUCGAGAGCCGCGACGGCAGGCAGCAGUACGGCAAAGCGGACUAUUUUGCGGAGACAGCGGCGUACCACGAUGUGGUGCAGGAGUGGGCGUGGCUCGGCCGCCUUCACGCGAGCGGCGCGCUGACAUGGCGCGGGCAGCCGGCCGUGGCGCCCGAUGCGGACAGCUAUGGGCGGUGGCACCAAAUGGAGCCCACUCGUCGGCGCUGA